AUAAUUGAAUUUUUAAUUAACCAAUCAUUUGCGUUUCUGAUAACAUUCACGUGUGUAAAACAUUUACUUUCAACGCUGAUAAAUAUUAUAAUUGCUAUUGUUUGUGUAACGUGCGGAUCAAGUUUUUUUUUUCAUAAGAGAAAAAUUUCGUCAAAAUUAAAAUUAAAAGACAAAUUUCAAAAAUUGUUCAAUUAUACCUACACUUAGAUAAUGUUUUAUUAAUUUUGAGUAAAUAUUAAUUGUUAUUAAUUGUCCAGAAAGUGUUUUCACUCAAAUAUGUUAAUUAAUGUAUAAAUGAAAACUGUGAACGUAAGCAACAGUAUACAGAUGGAGUUUUUCAUUCACGAUUUGUUUCAACAGUGGGAAUUGAUUUUAGAGAAAAACGAAUGGUUUCGAAGUUUAACAACAGCCUUUUACCGAGAUUCGAUGGGGUUCUUCCUUUUAUUUGAUCUGACAAAUGAGCAGUCAUUUUUAGACGUGCGAAAUUGGUUGGAUCAACUGAGGAAUAAUGCAUACUGUGAAAGUCCAGAUGUAAUACUUUGUGGGAAUAAAUCUGAUUUGGAGGACAGGCGAGUUAUCAGUGAAUACAAAGCACGAGAAUUGGCAUCGAAAUAUGGAUUGGUUUAUAUAGAAACUAGUGCAGCAACGGGACAAAAUAUUGCGAGAGCCGUUGACAUUUUAUUAGAUCGAGUAAUGAGGAGAAUUGAGGCAACUGUGGACCAUUCUAUUUUUCCCCAUCAACGACUCUUGAGAUGCCACGAGAAUGACAGUUUGACAUUAUCUAAAAAGAAAAAAUGUUUUUGCUAAUCACUUUCAGGUGGAUUAAAGAAAAUCUCUUUGAAAAAAAUAAAAAUACUAAAAAAAAAAAAAUAAACUAUAAAUAUAAAGCUUUAAAAUACUUUAAUAAAGGAGAAUCUCAUUUAGAUAAAUUCUUUUUAUAAAUUGCGAAUUAUUAUAUUCACAUUUAUGAAUAUUUUCCGUGUAGAAAUCGUGGAAUUACUAUCAUAGCUCCCUUUACGUUAAUAAUAUAUAGAAUUUAUCGAUUUACGAUGUAACAAAGAUAAGAAAUUUGCAAGUGAAAAUAGGGGGAAAAUUCUGAUAUUCAAGAGAAGGAAAAUCGAGCAUCAAAAUUAUCUUUCGACUCAAAUU